AGCCCUGCCCACCGCUUGCUCUCUCUGCCCUUUCAGGUACAGUGUGCGGAUCACGACAGCGACGGCUCGCACGACUUGAUAGGUGCUUUCGAAACGAACCUGACCCAGCUGCAGAACGCAGGGGACAGCUCUCCGGUGGAAUUUGAAUGCAUUCACCCUGAGAAAAAACAAAAGAAAAAGAACUACAAAAACUCUGGCAUUGUUAGGAUAAAAUCCUGCAAGAUUGAGACAGAAUAUUCAUUCCUGGACUACGUCAUGGGAGGCUGCCAGAUUAACUUUACGGUGGGUGUAGACUUCACUGGCUCCAAUGGAGAUCCCAAGUCACCAGAUUCGCUUCACUACAUCAGCCCAGAUGGGGUCAAUGAGUACCUGAUCGCCAUCUGGAGUGUGGGAAGCGUAGUCCAGGACUAUGACACGGACAAGCUGUUUCCUGCAUUUGGGUUUGGAGCUCAGGUUCCUCCUAGCUGGCAGGUGUCUCAUGAGUUUGCUCUGAACUUCAACCCCAGCAACCCGUACUGUCAAGGGAUCCAAGGAAUAGUGGAUGCCUACCGCCAGAUCCUGCCGCAGAUCCGACUCUAUGGGCCAACCAAUUUCUCUCCUAUUAUAAACCACGUGGCGAGGUUCGCAGCGCACUCGGCACAGCAAGGAACUGCCUCA